AUGCUUCGCAUCCUCAUGCAGCGCGAUGGUGGCUGGCAAGCACGGCGUAUCCAUUGGCGGCGGUAUGAACUGUCUGGCACAUUUGGGCCCAUGGCGAGCGCCUUCAACAUCUGUUCUUUAGCGCAAACCUGGCGGAUGACGCCUUCGGGACAGAACGUUACAGAUCCAAAAUGGGCCGUCGCAAUCAACGCGGUCUCGCUAUUUUUCGCGCUUGUCGCCAAUCUGGCUCUGUCGCUUAAUAUGGCGCGGAGAAUCCGUUUCGCAGUUGCGCAACCAAUCAUCAUCGCUGGUUGGUAUGUAUCAUCAGGACUGCUGAUCGGUAUUCUUAUUCCCUUUGGCGUUCUCAUGUACAACACCGAAAACGACGGGCGCAUUUACACACAAAGCUAUUUCUAUGCAACUUUUGCAGCUGGUUUGUACUUCAUCAUUGCGUCCAUGAUGGCAGUAACUGCUUGGGGUGCCUCCAAGGGCCACUAUAGUCGAGAGUUCAAAUUGACGACGAGUCAGCGGACUUUGAUGCUCCAGACUAUCGUGUUCUUCAUUUAUUUGCUUGGAGGCUCCGCGGUUUACGCAAAGAUAGAGGGAUGGAGAUUUUUGGAUGCUGUCUACUGGGCCGACUUCACUUUGCUCACCAUUGGCAUUGGCAAUUUCGCUCCUGCAACGCACCUAGGACGUGGUUUGCUGUUUCCAUAUGCUGUUGGGGGCAUCGUGAUUCUCGGUCUCAUUAUCUCGUCGAUUCGAACCUUGACGCUAGAGCAUGGUCGUCAAAAGAUCUCAGCUAUUUUGGCCGAUCGAACUCGACGCUUUCUUGUCAAAGAAGCUUCCUCGGACAAAAACCGCCUCUCUGGGUUGCUCCCAUCUCUGGACCCAAAUGAUCCAGUCAUUGCGCAAAACGAGCGUGAAAAACAUAAGCGAGAGUUCAUCACCAUGCGACGCGUUCGACAAGUCGCCGAAGUGCAGCACAAAUGGAUUUCAUUGGGAAUCUCAUUGACCACUUGGAUGACGCUAUGGUUCAUUGGUGCAGUGGUUUUCUGGCGCUCGGAGUCAUAUUUCUCUUGGUCGUACUUUGAAGCUCUCUAUUUCUCCUACACAACGCUCUUGACUAUCGGAUACGGCGAUAUCUACCCAGUAAGUAGUCUGGGCAAAGCAUUCUUCGUCUUUUGGUCUCUCCUCGCCGUGCCAUCAAUCACAAUCCUAAUCUCCAAUAUUGGCGACACCAUCAUCCGCUCCAUUCGGGAUGUGACCAUCUUUCUCGGAGAAAUUACCAUUUUGCCCGGCGACGAAUCAUUCCAUGACCGCGUCAAGGCAAUUUUCCACACCUCCUGGACAGACAAGUGGCUCCAAGAAACGAUCGGUGAAAGUGACGACGGCCAAGACAUUACAAAAGGAACAGGUCGUCGCAUCGACCAAGCCAACGGCACAGAUCGAAAAGGCCCAGAAUCUGAAGAACACAAAAAAGAAGAACGCGCCCGCGACCGCGGUGAUGUUGUCGCCGAAAAUCUUCAUCAUUACCACUACCUCCUCUUCCGCGAAGUUCGCAAAAUGACAGAUUAUGCCAUGAGCAACACGGCCAAGCAGUUCGAUUACCUGGAGUGGGAAUACUAUCUCGACUUGAUCUCGGGCAAACACAAGCCCUCGGCGCCUUACAUUAAGGAUGACACUGAGAGUGAUGACGAAUCGCAGCGUGGACUACGUGAUUGGAGUUGGAUUGGUCGCAAUAAUCCUUUACUCGGAAAAAAGAGUGAAGUUCAGUGGUUACUUGGCGCGUUGACCGAUGCUCUGGAUCGCGAAUUGAAAAAGGCGAGUCGGGCUUACCAUUCACCGGAUUCUAGUGAUGAGGGGGCAAAUGGGUUGGAAGUGGCAGAAGAUCGAAAAUCUACUUCUGGUGAUCAGGAUCGGACAUCAGGGGCAGCCACUCCAUCUGAUUAA